AUGGCCAUGUGGAAUGUAGUUCGUUUGGAAGAAGAACAAGACUGGCUUCAAAAUAAUCAGGACGAUCUGGUAAGCAUAUUGAAUGGGGAAAGUUUUCACGAUAUUAACAAAGAAUUUUUGGAUCAAGAGGAUGAAGAAAAUGCCAGGAGAAACAUGUUUAUGCAGGAGGAAUCAUGUGCUGGAGUGGAAUUGGAAUAUUCAUGCUUUUCUGGAUUACAUGAAAUUGGAGAGAUCACAGUCAGGCCAUCUUGGAUCCAUAGUGCAGAGCAAGACUUGCUUGUUCCAGGUAACAAAAUGCAUAUUGCAGAUUAUAUUAAGAUGAGAAGUGAAUCAUUAGGAUCUUUAGGAAACAGUGGUAGCGAGGACAGGCCGGAUCUUGGUUUGGGAAAAAUUGAUUCGCCACCGAAUAAUGAAGCAAAGCUUGUGCCUCUUGUAGAAAUAACUUCAGUCAGUAACAUUGGUCAGUCGUAUUUACAACCUGAAGCAAAUUCAGAGUCCAGUGAUAUCUUAGGAGAUUGCUCUUCAUCAUGUGUUUCAUCUCAUUCGACUUCUGAAUCAUCUGGCAGUUCUAGUUCAGGAUCUACUACUUUCACAGCUUCUAGAGAUUCUACAAAAGGUGCAAUUCCCAAGAACAGUGUGUCUAAAACUUGCUCUUCAACUCACUCAAAAAGUAAUGAUGACACAUCUAAAGACCCUGUAGCUGUGGACAAUAACAAAAACAUCCAUGAUGAACCUAGACCUACAGUAGCAAAUCCAAACCCAAAAGUUCCAAGUUAUAAGUGCACAAAUUCUGCCGAAGAUAGCAUAGAGGAUAGCAUCACAUUCAAUCCCAAAAAGGUAUUAGGGGUGGAACAAAUUAGACAGCUUUUGAAGUCUAGUGCUCUUAGUAAUGACAAUGCUCAGUUUUUGAUCAAGAAGAUUCUUCACAGCGACAAGAAUACGUCUGAAUUUCAUAAUACAACUGACAUAACUGAGUUAGAUGCCAGUACAGAAGUUUUAGAACUUAGAGCAAAGAGAGAAGCUCUUAUGUCAUCGAAAACUCAAAAUAAAAAACUUCAAGAAUUGAAAGGAAAGGAGAACAUCAAUUCAUUAUCUCAUGUAAAACACUUCAAAGCCCCAGAUCGUAUUCCCUUGCAACCCGCUGUGAAUUCAGAAAAAAAUGUAGAUAGUCCUGUUAACAAACAUAUGGAACGGUUAAAAGUUCUCAGGACUGGGUCUGCACCUUUGCAACUCACACAAGAUUCAGUUGGGCUUGAAGCUCAUAUUCACUGUCACCCAAAAGCAAAACAAGUAGGUACUGAUUUGGGAAAAAAUAGCAUGGAUGAAACCGUGCGAGGUAUUCCAUAUAAAUCGAGAAUAUUAGAAGAUAGUUCAGAAAUCUCAGCUAACGAGUUUUUCACGAUUCAUCCAGCAGUGGGCUUUGAUUCGUCACUCCUUGUGCCCCACGUUCCAAUCCUAGAAAAAUAUCUUCCAAAGGUAGUUCAGAAUGAGAAUCCUUUCGUUAUUCAUGGUAACCAGCUGUACACUAAAGAUAAAAGACCAGCCAGUAAUGCAAAGACAGCCUCUAGACCAUUGCCAAGGAUGGGGUUAGCUUCCAGUUUGGUUAAAGCACCUUGUGCCAAAAACUUCUAUGAUAAGACAGUGGAUGUUGACACUAGGAAUUUAAAUGAAAACUGGUUAUCAAUAAGCCACAAAUUUGUUGUCAUGCAGAUCUGA